AGGCGCCUCAUUAAUAUUGAUGAGUUAAGAUGGCGGCGGCGGGCGGCGGCUGGGGCCCGGGUCUAGGCCCAGAGCACCGGGCUCGCCUGCAGCGGCUGCUCCGCUCCCUGGGGCAGUACGAGCCGCAGCUCACCUUCUGCCAGAGCGUGUUGGUGUGGGAGCGGCCUCUACACAGCCUGUUGUUGCACCUGGGCGCCAACCUCGGCUUCUGGUUUCUGGCACUGACGUCGCUGAGACUGGUAUGCCUUGUUGCAUUUGGUCUGAUUAUUAUUGUGUGUCUGGACACUUGUAAGAGCAGAAUCUGGCCUGAGGUCAAAGUGGCACAAAUGGAGGACAAUGAUGCUGAGAGCUGGGGCCUUGUUCACCCGAAACUAGUCAGUGUUCCUGAACUGUGUCACAGAAUGGCAGAGCUCUCUGUCAGUGCAGAGAGAUUCCUGAAGAGUUUGCAUCUAUUUAAAAAGCAGAAUCCUGGUAAGUUUUGUCUUUUAGUUUGUGGCGUGUUCACAUUCCCGGCUGUGAUUGGGCGUUACAUCCCAGGUGUUCUCCUGUGCUACAUCUGCUUGAUCAGCUUACUGCUCUGCCCUUUGGUCAUUUAUCACCAACUGUGGAGAAAGGUUUAUGCCAGAAUUGAGCCCUUGCUUAAGCGUCUGGAUUUCAGCGUGAAGGGAUAUGUAUUGACAAAACAGCGCGAGCGACUGAUGCGUGGCCAAGCAACUACUGUCCGAGCUGCAGAUGACGGAAGUGACAGUGAAGCUGAACUAGCUGCAUUCUGCCCCAAGCUCGAUGAUUCUAUGUUCGCUAAGGAACUGGAAAUUUCUGAUGUUGAACAUUCCGAUGCAGAGGUAUCGUACACAGAGAAUGGAACCUUCAACUUGUCUCGGGGACAGACCCCAAAUACAGAUGGUUCUGAAGAUCUUGAUCGCCAUAGUGACCCUGAGGAGUCAUUUGCAAGAGAUCUACCAGAAUUCCCAUCAAUAAACCCUGAUGCAACAGGAUUGGAUGAUGAUGAUGACACCAGCCUGGGUAUUCCCACUGCAUCCUACCAGCCUCUGCUUCACGAUAAUGUCAGCCUGUCUUCUGAUCAAGAGGAUAUUGAUGAAGAUAUAUCCCAAAGUGGUCUGCCAUCACCUCUGAGUUUUGCAGGCAGCCAGGGCCUUUCUCUAGCAGGAACGAUUGCCAACAAGAUGAUGGCAGCAGCAUUGUCAAACACUGCUCAUGAGGCCCUAUUGAUGAAUGAUCCUUUGAGGAUUGCUUUUCAGACUGUGCAUGAACACGGAAGCAUAGAGGUGGACACUGAUGCAGAGGGAGAUGAUUUUGAACUGUUGGAUCAGUCGGAACUGAAUCAAUAUGAGAAUCUUGCCAGUCAUGAUCGGGGCACUCGACAACAGUUAAAGGCAGGGUUCCUAUCAAACUUUCUUCGAAAGCAGUAGGUUUAUGGGUGCUGGUGUUUUCAGAUAACACCGCACUGGCCCAGUAAUUUAGCAGGGGAGUGGGUUGCCAAAGUCCCCCUUGUGAUGACAUCUGCAUAGUUUAUUAUCUUGACUUGCUCAGUAGUUAUUUUCUCACAAUGAAUACAUUUGAACAGGUCAGUGAGAUGUAGGUUUUAUUUCUUUGUCAUUGCUACUUUUAGUGUUCCUUCUGAUUCCUUGGAUUUGAAGUGACUUCCCAGAAAGAUAAAUGAAGCCACCCGACACUUGGAUUAACAAUUACCCUACUAAUGUGUUGUAGAAUGAACUUGGUAUAGUUAUGUAUUUAAGAGACAGAGUUUAUGCAAGUAUCCAUGAGGUACCCACAGUAAAUAAGGCAUAUUUAAUAAAACUGCUUUUGUGCAAUGUGAAAAAUUGAUGUAGGAAAGUCAGGCUUCAUUUGUUUAGAUUAUGAUCUCAUGACAUCCAGAAAAUGUAUCAUAAUGCAUUUAAUGUUGAACAGCUGGAUUAAAGUUAUAGAGUGAAGCAACAUGGUCCGAACUGGAGCAUGUUUACUCAUAAACAAUACAAGUAGGCAUGCUGCAGUUUGUUUAGAAUAACAGGUUCAGACUGACCUUGCGGUGAGGCCCAGUGUACGAGAGGCAAAGUCAAAUGAGGAGCUGCUGUGGGAAGACCUUUCAUUACAAACAUUGCUACUUCAUCACUAACAAGUCACAAACCAGCAAGGAAUUGUUACUUUCCAACUAAUGGGAUGUUUAAUCCUUGAAGAGUUUUGCAGAAUUUCUUUGUGAUCUAUCUGUACCUUGUUUCUUUUUGCUCAUGACUUUGUUCUGCAGCUAUAGAUUGGUCAAUCCUGUUUCAAUUGUAUUACCUCAAAUUUUGCAAACUCCUUUCAAUUAUUUAAAAAUUAAAUUGUUUGCAGGAUAUGGACACCACUGACAAUGCUGGCACUUACUACCCAUCUUUAAGCAGUAAUAAGUUGAUCUUACUGAAAUUUGUGCUGUUCAUUCCUGUGGCAGUGGCUAUCUAAACAGCAUUUUUAAAAAGUUAUUGCUAUCUAGUAUAUUUGGGUGCAAAAGUUCAGGUCUGAGAAGCUGAUUUUUUUUUUUGCUGAUGUCUCGGUAUCAAAUGACCAGGCCAGGUUUGAAGACAGUUUGAUAUAAUCUAGGCUGUGUUAUGGCAGUUUAUGGGUGUGACUGUGAGUCUAAUUAGGUUUGCACAGACCUAAGAUUCUGGUUGAAAUACAAAGGUGACAGCAAGUCUCUGGUCUGGUUUAGGGGCAAUCAGACUAACAGGUACAGGUAGUUCUACAUAACACAAUAUUUCUGUACCUAAAAACACUUAUAUUACAAAAACUGUGUCAUUGGGGAAAAGGGGCUCGGGGCUAGAGAAUUGCAGACUCGUACUUUUAUUUAUCACCUCAACAGGAUUUUCAAAAUUAAAGGUAUUUUUAAUAGCUGUAAGCUUAUUUUUUACUGCAAGCUAAAAAUACAAAAGGCUGGGCAUUACAUUUAAUAGAGUAUGGUUGCAUGUGUCAGUUGAAACGAUUGCUUAUUAAUUUCAAUGACUCCUGUGAUCUUGAGGCAAUGGAGUAUUACUGCUGGGAGCUUGUAUGGAAAGUUUUAUUUUCCCGAGACUUUCUUCCAAAGACAGCUUUUUUUACUGCUUGUCAAUUUCCAAACAUAGCUUUGAAGUGGCUCUCUAGUUCCUGACGAAAAAGCGCAUAUCUAAUUGUCUAUUAUAUAAAUAUAUCAAUCGCAUUGCAUCAAAUUCAUGUAAUAGACAUAUGCUGUAGCAGAAAAUGGUGGCAGAUGAAGUUGGGAUGGUUCACUGUUGUCUGUCGUAGAACAAUGCUAUUGUAGACAAGUCAUCUGGCAGCUUCCCUUGAGCAAAAAAGUAGACCUAACUGUGGUGAUCUCAGCAUAGUAUUGCAUUGCUUUUCAGCAGUAAAUAAAUGGCUUCCAUCUAUUUGAUCAGAGGGAUUUUGUGGGAUUUAAUGCCAGAAUCAGAAGUUCUGCAUGACAAAUGCUUAAUAUAUUUUAAUGUUCAUUAUUUUGACUUCUUACAGAACUUUAUUGUUGUUGGAUUAUAGUUUGACCUGAUGCGUUUUCAUAAAACUCAAGAUCUAGUGGGUGUUGGCUAUCUGAAUAAAAGUGUAAAUAUUUGGUAGGUCAACAACAUGGUUCAUAUUUCAGCUUCAACCUUUCAACACUAAAUGUUUUGUUAAACUUUAAAGUUGAAAGAUUGCGUAAUAGUAAUAUUAAUUGUGGAGGAUUAGCAACUGGCAGCACAGGUAUUGUGAUCAGUGACGUUUUGUAAUGUAUAUGAGUGAAAUUGUGGUUGUGCAUGACAGUUUAUAAAACCUUUCCUGCAAAUCUAUUGUCCUGGCCUUGUGUGCGAUUAAUAUAAAACUUAGAGCAGUGUGAUUAGUUUUCAUCUGCAUCUGUUUUCAGACAAGAUUUAUUUAAUGUGAUAUUCACUGGGUCUGGUAGUUUUUUUGGCAGAGCCACUUUUAAUUUCAUCCAUGGUAGCUGUUAGCAAUUGUGAAGGAGAACUGAAAAUCAGCAGAUUCCAACUGCUCCUAAAUUAAAAGCUGUAAAGAAUGGGGUUGAUCCUGCAAACCUCUAGAAAAUUGUAUGAAAUUAUGUAAAUAUUAAGUUUUAUUUGAAAGUUAGUGAGCUUAAGCUUUGAGAAUUUGAGGCAAAGCCGACAGCUCUUUUACUUCUGUAACUGUCUGAGCCCAGGCAAUUAAAAUAUCUGUAAAUACAAAAUGGAUUGAACUGUUAUGUGGAAUAUGCAGCAUCUGUGUGCACUGUAUUUUCAAUGUUAUUUGAUCUUCAAAAGCACUUUGUGUACUUUGUGUAUUUCAACCCGUUCAUUUUCAAAGACUAAUUGACUUGAUUAAUUUGGAUUUCUUUUUGUAGAACAGUCACUUUAUUUUUGAACCAUUCAUUAAAGUGAUUUUCUAAAAAUGUCAA